GGAUUAACAUAUUCACACAGAUUUGUGUUUUGGAGCCUCCACAGUCGGGGGGGUUAACUAACAACUUUGAUAUUCUCUGUAUAUGUUUCAGUAGAAAAAAAAAAGCAUAACAACAAUAGACAUGAAAACAUGUUAAUUUAUUUAGUUCUGCCUCUGCAUUUUAAGAAGCCAUUUUCACUGGCUUUUGCAAAAAAGGUAAACAGAAAUGUUAUUUUUUCAGUAACUUAGUACAUUUUAUAGCAAUAAGUUGCAAGUUUGCAAAGCCUUAAUAUGGCAGCAGCCAAAUCACGAAUCUGGAGACUUUGAAAUGGGAGUUCAAAUUCUCGUGUGAUGUCACGUGACCGGUGAUCUCCUGUGUUCUGCAUCUGACACUCACUUCCUUUGACUAACAGGAUUCCCAUGUUCUUCCUGGUCUACAGCUCUCCCUUCCAUAUCAUUAUCUGCCAAAUACUGGAGAACAAACUUAUCACUACUUUUUCCCCAAUCACGGUCCUCUGAAACUGGCAAACAGGCUCGAGUCCAUCAGAAUCCACAUAAUCUACCACCGUCAUUCUCAACGCCUCCAAGGGAUGCAUCCUGUGCUACUUCCUGCAUGCACUAUGUACCUAUGACUGAUGCUCACAACCACAUAGGGAAAUAAUAAUGAAGUGAGAGGAGAACAACCUCAGCAUCAGAGUCUGAAAACUGAAGCGAUGACAGUGGACUUGUGUACUUCUACAAAGCCACAAUACCUCCUGCUUUAGUAAGAGGCCCACCUGCACUUAGACUAAGAAACUACCCCCACAGUUAAAAACCGGUGUCUUCAGUGACACUAAUGCUUGUUUACAGCCUCUUCUUUUUUUAAUUCCUUACAUUUAGCAAAAUAACUGGCUUUUUCUUCUUUUUAUUUCAGAAUGUCUGUGCAUGGCAUGUUCCGUACGAAUCUUAGGCUGUUACAAUGCUGCCCUCCACAGUUCACCAGUGACCCCAGAUACAGAGAAUACUCAGCAUUAACCCUGCUAGAAACACACUUUUAAUUCUAAUGUUAUGGCUUUAUCAUGGUAGAAGAUGCUGUUUUCUUCUUAUCUUUUUCUAAUAAUAUCCAACAGGCUGUACAAUAAGAGGUGCAAUGCCACCUGCCACAAGAAAAAAGUUUCUCAGUUCCUCACCACAUCAUAAGGCUGUUUCUCUCCCUCUUCCAUUUCUCCACUGCCUCCUUGGUGUCUGUGCUUGUGCCAUGGAAUGUUAACAAGGACCUUUGAAUCCUUUGAACCCUAAAAUGGUUAUGACCUUGCACUUUCUCUAGAGCGAAAAGACAAAAGGAAGACGCGAGAAGAGGCAGUAAUGCACCAUCUCAGACGCCAGCUGUCAUAAAACAAUAACAACAAGUAAACAACAUACUGUCACCAUCAGAUGAGGAUAAGAAUGGAUAGUAAAUGGGAAGCUACACCCAAUGAGAUGGGUGGAAGCCUGACAGAUGAAAGAAACAUGGAGCAACCAGAUGAGCGGUCUCCUGCGCCUCAGGCCACAGUCUAUGUAGAGCAGAUCACAGAGGAGAUGGGUAAGGCUGGCGAAGCGUCCCAGAUGGAAACUGUAUCAAGGGAGAACGAAGGUCUGAUCUGGGCUCUGCUGAAACAGCUGCGGCCAGGUAUGGACCUGUCCAAGGUGGUGCUGCCCACGUUCAUCUUAGAGCCACGCUCCUUCCUGGACAAGCUGUCGAACUUCUACUACCACGCUGAUCUGCUCUCACAAGCCGCGUUGGAGGAGAGUGCGUAUGGUCGCAUCAAGCAGGUGUUGAGAUGGUACUUGUCCGGUUUCUACAAGAAACCAAGGGGUCUGAAGAAGCCCUACAACCCAAUCCUGGGGGAAACAUUUCGCUGCUGCUGGCGUCAUCCUCAGACUGACAGCUGCACCUUCUACAUAGCUGAACAGAUCUCCCACUCUCCACCCAUCUCUGCCUUUUACAUCUCCAACAGGAAGGAUGGGUUUGCUAUCAGUGGGAGCAUCCUGUCCAAGUCCAAAUUUUAUGGUAACUCUGCAUCGGCUAUUCUGGACGGCAAAGCCAAGCUGCUGUUCUUGAACAGAAAUGAGGAGUAUGUCAUCACUAUGCCAUAUGCUCACUGCAGAGGAAUCCUGUGCGGCACUAUGACACUCGAGCUCGGUGGGAAAGUCAGCAUUGAGUGUGUGAAAACAAGAUGUUUCACAAAGCUGGAGUUCAAAUUAAAGCCUUUACUCGGAGGCUCCUCCUCAGUGAAUCAGAUCAGUGGGAAGAUCUUUGAAGAAAAUAAGCUGAUGGCUACUAUUCAGGGACACUGGGACCGUGAGGUGUUCAUUCAUGAAAGGCACUCAGGCCAACAGGAGACGCUGUGGAAUCCGAAUGCAGACAUCCGCAGCCGCCGCCUCAAGAGACGAGUGGUACAGAUGGACCAGCAGGGGGAGUUUGAGUCUGAAAGACUGUGGCAGCAUGUGACCAGUGCCAUCAUGGAUCGGGACCAGCUGCGAGCCACGCAGGAAAAGUUUGUGUUGGAGGAAGCUCAGCGGAAAGAGGCGAAGGAGAGAGGAGACACACCCUGGACCCCACGACUUUUCCACCAGGACUCUGUCACCUCCGAGUGGACCUACAAGCACAGAGACUCGUGGCCGUGGGACCCUGAGAACUGUCUGUGUCAGUUUGAGAAGGACGGAGUGAUUCAGACGCAAGAGAGAAGUCAGAGAAAACACAACAAACUCUUGUGCGAAUUUGCUGUGGCUGAUUAAUUUCCCAUCAAGCCACAUUAACCCUGAUAUUGAGCUGCUGAUUAGCCCAAUGAUUAUCACACAAAAGAUCCAUCCGUCCAUCUUCUACCUGUUUAUCCUCCACAUGAAGGUCGCAGGGGCAGCUGAUAUAGGGUGAAAGGCGAGGUACACCCUGGACAGGUCACCAGUCCAUCACAGGGACACAUCGAGACAACCAACCGUUCACUCCCACAUUCUCACCUGCUGUCAAUUAAAUUUAAUCUAAUCCCCAUGUUUUUGGACUGUUUUUGAAACGAGAGAACCUGGUGAAAACACACGCA